AUGUGCUCUCCGAGUCUACAAAUCUGGCGUCUCAGGAUCACUAACACCUGCCCUCGGUUCCUCCCAACAGUGACGGAAGGCCGAGGGAUCCUGGAGAGCAUUCAGCGGUUCUCACUGCUGCCUACCUACCUCCCGGUGACCUACCACAUCAACAAUGCUGAUGUCUCCUUCUUCCUAAAGGAGGCCAACCAGGACAUCAUGCGCAACUCCAGCCUGCAGUCGCGGGUCGAGUCCUUCCUGAUCUACAAAUCCAGGCGACUGCCGGUGCUCAACGCCAGUUACGGGCCCUUCUCACUUGAGCAGGUAGUGCCCCAGGACUUGAUGCUGCCUUCCAACCCAUUCGGAUUCACUAACACUUUCUCUCUUAACUGGAGGCUGAAGGCCUACAUCUUGCAGGAGAAAGUCUACCUGAGCCAUCCCAAAGUGCAGGUGCUCUUCCACAUCGUGGGCCGAGACUGGGAUGACCACAGGGACGAGAACUUGCCUUGCCUGCGGGUUUUUGCUUUCCGAGAGACCCAAGAGGUUCGAGGUAGCUGCCGGCUGGGUGGAGCCCUGGGGCUGUGCGUGGCCCAGCUGGAAAUGCUGCCGGGCUGGUUCAGUCCCCCGUCAGUGGUGUCUGGGCGCAGGAGGCCCACAGAGCAGCCAGAAGGGAGUCCUGUGGAACUGUAUUACGCUGUCCAGCCAGGGGAUGAGCGAGGCGACUGUGCCAAGGAGGACUCGAGGAAGAGCGGUGGGGCUCCAGCAGGCCACAAUGAUGUUGAUGAAUCCAGUCCCCCUUUGCAUAGAAUUGGGAGCGUCUUCCUUCGGGAGACCCCCAGCAGUCCACCUUUGAGGGAGCUGCGUUUGGAUAGCAACGUGGCCGUUCACUAUCUCCCCAAGACUGUGCGACAAGGAGAUGUCCUCACCUUCCCUAUCUCUGUCUCUAGGAACUGCACGGAGGAUCGCUUCACACUGAGGGCCAAGGUUAAGAAAGGAGUGAGCAUUGUUGGGGUGAGAGCCAGCAGCUCUUCUCUCUGGGACGUCAAGCAGAGCACCGAGUACACUGGGAAGUACGCACCAGCGGUCAUCGUCUGUCAGAAGAAAUCUGCUGGCUCAGGAAAGAGGGGGCCACUUUCUGAUGGAACAGUGGGCUGCCCGCUGUGGAAUUACUGGCGAUCGUGA